AUGCCCGUUUACGUUAUCACCGGAGUGUCCAGGGGAAUUGGGUUUGAGCUCCUCAAACAGAUCUCGGAGGACCAGGAGAACCUAGUCGUCGGUUUGGUCCGCGACAGAGCUGCGACGGAGAAGAAGAUAGCGGCAGAGCUGGGCAGCCGUCCUAAUGUCCACAUCCGCCAUGCAGACCUCACCGAGUACGCUAGCUUGAAGCAAGCCGCUACCGAUACGGCCUCAUCGCCUUUUUCUAUACUUUACUUGGAGAAGAAGAUGUCUAUCGUCUUUCAUUCUUCAGGUGAAAGUCUUUAUCAGUUGCUUCACUAUAGGCGACAGUCCUGA